AUGUAUUUGAUUUCAGUGCCUAAUCUCCCUCCAGUUUUUUCUGUUAUUAUUGGACCCCAAUUUUGUAAAGCAAAUGUGACAGCGGAUACUAUGGUAGAGCUAUUGCUGAAAUGCUUUAAAACUUAUAUUAAGGAUGAAAUUCACGACUAUAAUCUUGAAUAUGUCGGAAAAGUCUUACAAAAUACUGAUACUCUUAAAAAUUUAGGAAUAAAGCAAGGAGACUUUAUCAAGGUCGUUCAAAUUCCAUUUAAACUUUAUGUGAAAACGCAAGAUGGAAAAGCGAUAGAGUUCCUUUUAAAGCAACAUGACACUAUCCAUCAGGUUAAACAAAUGGUUCAGGAACGUGAAGACAUCCCUGAUUAUAAACAACGUCUUUAUUUUAAUGGAAAACAAUUGGAUGAUAAUACCACCUUGAAAUCUUAUAAUAUUCAAAAAGGGUCAACAUUGGAGCUAAUUUUAACAACGAUUAAACUUUAUGUGAAAACUCAAGAUGAAAAGGCGAUAGAACUCCAUUUAAUGGAAAAUAACACUAUCAAUGAUGUCAAAAAAAUGGUUCAGAAAUGUAUAAAUAUUCCUGUUCAUAGACAACGCAUUCUCUUUGGUGGAAAACAAUUGGAUGAUUCUAGCACCAUGAAAUUUUGUAAUAUUCAAAACGAGUCAACAUUGGUGUUAACUACAACUCCAUUUAAACUUUGCGUGAAAACGCAAGAUGGACAAGUCGUAGAAAUAUAUGUAACUGAAUAUAACACUAUCCGUGAGGUUAAACAAAUGAUUCAGAAAUGUGAAGGCAUUCCUAUUAAUAAACAAUGUCUUUAUUAUCAUCUUCAUUAUGGAAAGCAAUUGAGUGAUUCUAAUAUCUUAAAAUAUUAUAGUAUUCGAGAAGGGGCAAGAUUGGAGCUACUUCUAGCUAUUCUAGUUCAUGUAAAAACAUUAUCCGGCAAAAGUCUUACUUUGUCAAUAUGCGACAAUCGCUCCAUUUUCCCUCGAGUAGGACCAACAUUACAUCUCGUACUUAGAUUACGCGGAGGAAUGUUUGAUGAGACUAGUGGGCGUAUAGAUUUCAAUGCAUUGCCAUCACUCAUGCAAUAUAUGCAUGUUCCUGAAAGACAUCUAGUACAUGACAAAGUUCACGUCGGUAUUGCUUGUAAUUAUUGUGGCAAAAGUGGAUGGAAAGGAGCAAGAUAUAAGUGUUCAGAAUGUUUUGAUUAUGACUUGUGUUAUGAUUGUAUUAAAAUGUCCAAACUGCUUCAUGACGUGCAGCAUAAUUUUUCGGAAUUAUUGGAUCCAGAAAAUCAAAAUGACUUUCCAAAAGAAGUUCUCGUUAACCCUGUUACCAUCGUACCAAUACUUCCGACAAAAAAAGAAGAGAUGUUAAACUUGCUACAAGAAGAAGAAAAGCGAAGAUUUUCACCAGAAUUACAACAAAAAUAUUACGAUGUUGGAAGUGAUCCCACAUCUGGAAAGGACUGGAUGGAUGUUACUGAUCAAAUGCAACAUGAGUUGGUUCGAGAAUUUGGCUACUCGGGUGAGGCUGUAGAAUUAUUACGACGUGCUCCACAACUUUACAAAGAUGAUUCUGCAUUUCAAACAACUCAAGUAUAUGUUCGCAACAAUAUUGCUUCUAUUGGAAAUCUCAAAGAAGGAAUGCCAGCACCUGACUGUUCAUUAGUUCCCUUAAAUAAUGAUAAAACUAUAACUCAAUUGCGCUCACUUUAUCAACCAGGACGACCCCUUGUUCUUCUUGCUGGAUCACAUACCUGUCCUUUAUAUCGAUACAUAUCUCAUGUGCUCAACGACAUUUAUAAUAAAUAUCAAAAAGAUGUAGACUUCUAUAUGAUUCAAAUUCGUGAAGCACACGCCAGUGAUGUUUGGCCUAUUGGUAAUAUUGUAAAUGUUAAAGAACAUCGUACAUUAGAAGAACGGUUGACAGCUGCACGUAAUAUGGUUGAAGCUACUCAACUUGAGAUUUCUGUAUUAGCAGAUACUAUGGAUAACACUUUCUUAAAGUUAUAUUCACCUUGGCCAUUCCGAUUCUUUGUAAUUGUGGAUGGUAAUUUUAAACUUGUCGGAAUGCCAAAGGAAGCACGUUAUGAUACAACGGACCUAGUCAACUGCUUAGAUGCUCUUUUGGAUGAAAAAUCACCUGAGUCUAAACCAGAUACUCCAGAGCAUAAAAAAAGAACAUAA